AUGUUCUUUAUAUCCAAAAUCUAAACGAAAACAUAAAUCGAUAACCCAAUUUCAUAUCAAAUCCUCCUUACCUAAGCAAGAGAACUUCAGAAAGCCACCCAAGAUUUACCUCAAUUUGACUACUGCGAAAAUAAUAUUACUCCAAAAGAGAUUAAAAAUGACACUCUCGAUAACACAAUAACUUGUCUUUAAUAUGAUGGGAGCAAUUUGAUCUUUGGAGGAUAUACCAAACUUAGAAUACCUGACAGUAGUGGACUCUCGUUUUUGAUGAGCUAAAAAGUCUAAGGCUAAUACAACUGGUAUAAGGAAAUAUCUAGCAAUGAUUACUAUAAUCCUUUUUAGAUCAAUUAUUGCAAAAAGGUCGGGGAUAUGAUUCUUCUAAUAUCAAACAUUAAUCUAUUAGUAUUCAACUUAGUAUAAUAAUAGAUCUAAUAAUAGCUUAAACUAUACUAAAGUGAUGUUAAUGGUCCUUCAUUAUAUUUCGUAGGAUUAUUUGGAUUGGAGGCUAGUUUAUUGAAUGAGAGAAUUCUUAUUGGCUACUUUACAGAACGUACUUUCGAUUAAAUGUUUUACUUAAGGAAAUGUAAUAUGAUAAAAUUAGUAAUUGAUAAGAAUUCUAUGCAAGUUUUUUCUAGUACUGGUAAUAAUUACAUCAUUACCACAGAAGAAGUAGGUUAAUGA